CAGAGCAACAGAGUUGCAACAGAGCAGGUCAGAAGCAGAGUGCUCCAGCUUGAUCACUAGAGUGAGGACUUCGCUAAAAGAAGAACAGCGUGACAGCGAGAGCCUGCAGAAUGGAACAUUGGAACACAAGUUUACUUGACUAUGACCCCAGUGACUACAAUUACACUGAUGUUUUGACUGACAUCACGGGCACAGAUGUCCUUGGUAUAAACCACAUCAUUUCCCUGGUGUGCUACGCCCUGGUGUUCAUCAUAGGUGUCCCUGGCAACGCCUUGGUGGCCUACGUCACGGCAUUCCGCAUGCCGCACUCCGUCAACGCCCUCUGGUUCCUGAACCUGGCCCUGACCGACCUGCUGUGCUGCCUGUCCCUGCCCCUGCUGAUGAUUCCGCUGGCCCAGGACAUGCACUGGUCCAUGGGCCCACUGGCCUGCAAGCUGCUGCACGGCACCUUCUUCCUGGUCAUGUACUGUAGUGUGCUGCAGCUGGCGCUAAUCAGCAUGGACCGCUGGAUGCUGGUCAGCUGGCCCGUCUGGUGCCAGAACUGGCGCCGGCCACGGUACGCCUACUGGGCAUGCCUGGGCAUCUGGAUUCUGGCGCUGCUGGGCAGUGCCCCACAGUUCGCCAUCCAGGAAGCCGUGGAACCGAAGUUGAUCUUUGGCGGGGUGUCGGAAAAGGUCAGGUGUAUGUCUGUGUUGCACAGCAUGACGGCCGCCUGGGCUAUAACCAUCUUCCGCUUCAUGAUGGGCUUUGCCCUGCCGUUCAUGGUGAUCUGUGUGAGCCAUUGGCGCGUGUACCAACGGGCGUCGGGGCGCGGGCAAAGCCGCGGAGGGCGCGAGAGGUCGGCACGAGCCGCGCGUGUCAUCAUCGCCGUGGUGCUGACCUUCUUCCUGUGCUGGGCGCCGGUGCACGUGCUGGACAUCGUGCACCUGGCCCUGCCAGCUGACCACCACAUCCACCACGGCCACAAGCUGGCGUUGGCCAACGUGCUGGCCACCUGCCUGGCCUACGUCAACAGCUGCCUUAACCCCGUCAUCUACGUGUGCAUGGGCCGGGGCUUCAAGGAGGGAAUCACACGCACACUCCGCAGCGUGCUCCACCUGGCCUCCGAGGCGCCCAUUCACUCCAUGGGAGGGACGCAAAACUCAAAGAGCACCAGUGCGAACACACUGGACAGGAGUGUGUGACUCCAACAGCGGCCACAGCUGACCUAACCUGACCUGGUCCACCAAUGAAUCACUCCUCCGACUGAACAUUCGUAGAGUAAAUUAACAUGAACACAUAACAUAGUUUACUGAGACCUUUCCAACUCUCCUACCACUGCUCUGUCUGAUUAUAUAUAUGCUUGUAUAUUUGCCCUCUAUGCUUUCCCAGUCUGCUUGCUACUGUGUGCUACUGAUUGUUUUUUUAUGUUUUGUAAGAUGUCCUCAAGUGCCUUGAAAGCUGCCUAUAAAUAAAAUGCACUAUAAUGA